AUGUCGGCAACAACUUUUCAAUACCUGACAAAGGUUCCGAGUUUGCCCCGCUUGGGAACAUUUUGGGAGGAGGACGUUCCUAGGAAUUCAGAUGAAUUCUUUAAAGAAAAUUUCCGCUUAAAGCGAAGUGCGUUCAAUGUCCUGGUUGAUCGUCUACCCAAUCUCCGAGAGAAGGACUCUCCAUACCGACUAGCAAUCCCCCUGGAGAAGCAAAUAGCGAUUGCCCUAUAUACAUUGGGAUCCUCUUCGGAUUUCCUUACCAUAGGAAAUAAACUUGGAGUGUCCAAGGCCAUGGUGUGUCGAAUAUUGACUAAAUUUUGUCGUGAGGUUAUUAAGCAACUUGCUGGCGAAUACCUUCCACCAGAUUUUCUCACCCAAGAGAAGAUCACGGAAACGAUCAAGGGAUUUGAAACCAUUGGGUUUCCUCAGUGCUUCGGGGCAAUGGACGGCUGUCACAUCGAGAUAAGUCCUAAAUCUGAGAAUGCAGUGGAUUACAAAAAUAGCAAGGGUUGGUACUCAACAAUUCUUUUCGCCUUGGUGGACUUUCGUUAUAGAUUUUCGUACAUAAGUGUUGGAAGCCCAGGUUGCAGUCACGACUCAAAGAUAUUUGAGAAAUCCAAUCUUAAACGUAAAUUGCUCGAGUCGAAUUUGGUUAAGAAAAAUUCGAAAUCUAUCAACGGAGUUGAGGUCCCAAUAUUAGUAUUAGGAGACUCGGGAUUCCGAUUUGCCAAGAACGUCAUGAAACCGUAUCGCCUUUCCUGGCAAUCAACUCCAGAGCAGAAGGCCUUCAAUUAUCACCUGUCCAGGACAAUUGGCAGACAGGAGUGGACCUGGAGCAACCCGAGCGAGAAGUUUGGAUAG